AUGUCUGAGAAUGAACCAAAAUUAAUAGGAAUUAACAACGAAUGUGGUGGUGAUGACGACGAAUGGGCUGGUGAUCUGAUCACUACCCCGAAUCGUUUGAUCUCUGAUGAGUUUUUUGUGCUGAAAGCUGAAGAUGAUGUUAUUGGUGAUGAUCAACAAAAUAUUGUAGAGAAUAGUACAUUAGUUGGUGUUGCAGCCGGUGGACCGGUUUCUUUGCUACCACCGGCUAGUACUAAUUCUUGGCCUCAUCCACCGUAUGGACUUGAAAACGAUCCGUUGUUUGAUUCUCCGAUUAUGCUCCCUAAUUCUCAGGGAUCUCCUACCACUGGAAGUUUUCCGUUCCCUCCUGUGAAUCAUGAAACUUUUGGGAUGAAUUCUGUAUUUGAUGACAGUAGCUGUGAUAGCAAUUCUUUUACGUAUCAGCCAAAUGGAGGUUCACUAUUAUGGCCAUCCAUUUCAGAUCUUCAAAAUCAGCCUGCAUUACUCUCUGAGUUCCCUGGAGCGUUACCAAAAGAAAGUGUCCCAAAAGUCUCUGCUAAAGAUUUACAUUCUUUCGAGAAGAAGGAAGUUUUGAAAUCUACAAGUCAUAAUAAAGCCAAUGGUAAAGAUAACCCAACGUCACAACCUACAAUGCAAUCAAGAGACAUAGCCAUGAGGAACUCAGAGGAUGGAUACAAUUGGAGAAAAUAUGGACAGAAACAAGUCAAAGGCAGUGAAUAUCCGCGAAGCUACUACAAAUGUACUCAUCCAAAUUGUCAAGUUAAGAAAAAAGUUGAACGUUCCCAUGAUGGCCAUAUCACCGAGAUCAUAUACAAAGGUGCUCAUAAUCACCAAGGCCAGCGCGACGUUACUGGGUCAACAGAAGCUAACGGGUCAUACCUUAAAUUUGAAGAUGGGGAAUUAUGGGAAAAUAUUCAACAAGGAGGUACUAAUAAUGGUGAAAUUUGCCGAACUCCACAUGGCAUAGAGUUGCCAUCUUCAACUACACUUAUAACUGAUAAUUCUCAUUCGCUUGUCCAAGGAAAGUCCAUGGGUGUUUUUCGUAAUCCACAGUUUUUAUCGUCGAACAAUAAAAAUGAUGUAAAUGAAGAUGAGACCCACAUAGGAAAAGCGUCACCUGGAGAUGAGGCUGAUGAAGAUAAAUCAGAUUUGAGAAGGAGGAAGAAAGGGAACUUUUUUAUGGAAACAAGUUUGGUAACGAGAGCUAUGCGCGAACCAAGAGUGGUGGUUCAAAUUGAGAGUGCAGUUGAUAUACUUGAUGAUGGUUAUCGCUGGAGAAAAUAUGGGCAAAAAGUUGUCAAAGGGAAUCCAAAUCCAAGGAGCUACUACAAAUGCACAACUAGUGGAUGCCCAGUGAGAAAACACAUCGAAAGAGCCUCUGAUGAUCUAAAAUCAGUCCUUACAACGUACGAGGGAAAGCAUAACCAUGAAAUACCCGUAGCCCGAAACAGCAGCCAUGCCAAUAUGGAUGCUGGGCCCACUUCCAACACACCUAACAACAACAAUAUACCAUUAUCCAAAAUACCCAAUGUACCCAAACCCGAGCCACAAAACCAAGAUCUUCCCAUAAAUUUUAACAGAAAGCUCACCAAUAGUUACAUGCCUUCCAGUUUUGUUGGGAAUUUUGAUACUGAGCCCGCAAAAUUUGAAUCUUCCCCUAUUUACCAAGCUAAAUUAUAUCCAUUUCAAACUCUAUUACCUUUUAAUUCUGUACUACCCGAUUUCCCUAUUUCACUACCAAUGAACUUGCCACCACCUGCAAACAUGGUUCAUAACAGUUUUGGUUGUAAAAAUGGUAAACGUCCCCAUGAAGCUCAGUCUUUUCUAGGACAACAGUUGAGGGACAACAAUGGAAGAUACCUUAGACCAAAACUAGAGCAGGAUGACAGUUUCUUUGAAACUUUUCUCCGUGCCCCGAAUCAUGUAACCGAUGCAUCCUCAAGGUACUGUAGCGUAAUUCCAAAUUAUCAGUCAUAA